GGAGGCGGGAAGAGGCAAGGAGGAGGGCAUACGGGGCAAGGGCAGAUAUUGAUCAGCUGAUUCCCUCCAGCAGCCGACGCAGCAGGACGCAGCUCGUUUCCAGGACGAACGUUGCGGGUCAUCGCUCAUUUUCCCUAGAUUUGGCACUGUCGUUGCAGGAUAUAUUAAGAAACAUGAGUACAGUCUGGCUGUUGAAGUCAUCUGACUCAGAUGAUGAUAGAUAUACAGAUGCACUGUCAAAAGCAGGCUUUGUGACAGUACACGUACCCACUUUAAGUUUCAAAUUCACCAACCAUGGACCCUUGAAGAAUGCCUUGCAACAACCUGAGAACCACAGUGGCAUAAUUUUUACAAGUAAAAGGGCCGUGGAGGCUGUCACUGAGAUUUACAAACAUCUUAGUGUGGACUGCCAUCAUUCCUGGAGUGAGAAGAAAAUAUUUGUUAUUGGAGAAGCCACAGGAAGAGCUGUUCAGCAGUACUUGAAACUCAAUCACAUUGGCCAGGAAUCAGGCAAUGCACUGCAGCUUGCCCCCAUCAUUGUGAGAGAGGUUGUUGCAUUUGACAAGCCUCUCUUGUAUCCUUGUGGGAACUUAGGGAGGGAUGAGCUACCCAAGCUUCUGGCUCAGGAAGACCGGGACUUCCGAGCGCUCACAGUUUACGAAACUCAGGAACAUCCUCAGCUCAAGGAUGCUGUCUCGAAGCACCAUUCCACAGGGAAAAUGCCUUCAUAUUUAGUGUUCUUUAGUCCAUCUGGAGUGAAGUUUGUUUUGCCAAAGCUGAAGUCUGUGGGGAUGUCUUUAACUGGUGUUAAAGUUAUUGCAAUAGGACCUGCAACCAAUGCUGCCCUUGUGCAAGAGAAUAUACCCGUGCAUGCAGUCUGUUCUUCACCAUCUCCUGAAGGUCUUUUGCAUACUCUGAAAAGUCCUUUAUAGAUUCUGAAGUACAAUGGAAUAAAUCUGACAGCUGUGAUUUUGUUGUGCCUUUGCUAUAGGAGCUAUAAUGAUUGUACUUGUUGGAAUAUGAUUUUUAAGGAUUCUGGGCACAGACUUUAGAAUGUUGUGGAUCCCAAAUAGGAUUUUCACUUUUUUUCAUGAAUACAUUUUAAAAAUAUAGUAAUGUUCCUAACCUGAAGAAAUAUAUGCAAUAUAUAUUUAAAAGGUAAACAAACUAUUUUGAGGAAAUAAACAUUGAAAAUG